AAUCGUUCUUCUAUUUCCAGAUAUUAAUUGUAAAAAUAUCAAAGUAUAUCUUGCUCUGGCGGUCAGAAUUAGAAUAUCGCUAUAGGAGUUCGGUGUAUGCUAAAUUUGUAUGUUAAUGGUGAAAUCUUGUAUUGUGUCUGAAGAAAGCAAAUAGAACAAUUCUACGGUUGCGUCCAUUUGUUCUGAUUGCUAGUUAAAUUUAGCAUUCAUUGGACAUUCAAUGCAGAUUUGAUGGAAGUUACCAUGGGUGAUGUCGACGACCAAAUGGUGUUGACGAUCGACAAGCAAGCUGAAAAGUGGGAAGCCAUGGAGCAGGAACAACAUGUGUGGAAUGCUAUCGAUGAGGAACGGAAAGAGGCAGAAGGAAAAACGAAGGCAUAAGGAGAGAAAGAAAAGCCUGGAAGAGAAGAGGAAAGAGAAGAGAGAAGAGAAGAGGAAGAAGCAAGAGAAGAAGAGGAAAACCAGGAGGAGGAGGAGGAGUUGCAGGGGAAGAGGAAACAUGCUCGUUCAAUGAACUGUUCUGAAUUUGUUCAAGGAGCUACAACAGAGGGGCUACAGAGACGAGAUUCUCCACCUAUGACACAUAGUCAAAGAGCGACAAGAUCACCAUUGGUAAGGUCACCGGUGGCGAGCACGUGGAGAUCUUCCCUUGGUCUUCUAGCAAGAGUUGCAGCCUCAAAAAGGGGCAGGUCUCCCUCAACGAGGAUUGCAAGUUCCCCAUUGGAGGAGAGGGCAAAUUCGUCCACGAGAUCACCAUCUAUCUUAGGACCCCCUUCUCCAGUGACUACUCCAUUUGGAGGCUCAAAAAUUAAUCAUCCACAUGUCCGCAAGACAAGAAGGCUAACUUCUGCUGUUUGGAGGGAUUUCAAACCAAUUUAUCGUCAUAAGAUACUUGUCAAAGCUCAGUGCAAGCACUGUCAUGAAGUGUUUCAAGCUGGACGAGAUGUUGGCACAAGUGGUGUAAGAAGACACUUGGCUGCUUGCGAAAAAAGAAAUACUAUUAAAGAUGAGUGCAUGAAACACUAUAAUUUGGAGAGGUCGGCGUUCUUUGGACAUUUGAAGAAAUACAAUGGUAGAGUUUCUUUAACAGCGGACAUGUGGACAUCUAAUCAGACUUUGUCCUAUCUAUGCAUCACUUGCCAUUUGAUCAACAACAAGUGGAUUUUGCAAAAGAGGAUCUUCAGAUUUUUUAUGGUGGAGACUCCACAUAACGGAGUAACAAUGUUUAAUGUCUUAUUAAAGAGUUUGCAGGAGUGUAAUAUUGAGGACAAACUCUUUAGUAUGACAUUGGAUAAUGCAUCAGUUACUGGUACAAUGGUCAAUAAUCUUAGAAAAAAUCUGAACAGCAAGCAUAUGUUGCCUAUUAAAGGUCAAUUACUUCAUAUCCGUUGUGCAUGCCAUGUGAUAAAUUUGAUUGUCCAAGAUGGGUUGACAACGAUGAAAGGUGUGAUAGAUGAUAUCAGAGAGAGUGUGAAGUACAUUAAGAGUUCUCCCUCUCGGUUGGACAAGUUCAAAGAAGUAGUUGCGCAAGUUGGUAUCUCUUGCAAACUCCCCUCAGCUGAUGUGCCAACACGUUGGAACUCCACCUAUAUUAUGUUGGAGUCAGCGCUCCCCUUUCGAAGAGCCUUUCGUGCUUUGGUGCAAAAGGACCCAGAUUAUGUGUUUUGCCCAUCCUCACGAGAGUGGAAAAAUGUUGAUACAGUUUGUGUUAUGUUAAAAGUUUUUCACACAGCCACAAAUGUACUUUCUGGUUCAAGUUAUUCUACCUCAAAUUUGUACUUUCAUCAAAUCUGGAAUGUGAGGUUAUUGCUGCAGAAGGAAGCUUCAACAAAGGAUGAAGUCGUUCAAGCAAUGGUUGGAGAGAUGCAAAAAAAGUUUGAUAAGUAUUGGAUGGAAUCAUAUUUGCCAAACUGUAUUCCUGUGAUCCUUGAUCCACGAUUUAAACUUUGCUUCAUCGAGUUUCGACUAAAACAAGCUUUUGGUCCAGAUGUAGAAAGACACUUGCUUGCAGUGAAAGAAGUUCUUGACAACCUUUUCGAAGAAUAUUCUUCACAAAUGACGGAUGCAUUGGAUGAGUCAGCACCCCGACAAAAUUUUGAUGAGGUUGUGAAUGAAGAGAAUUAUCCGUUGGCGGAUUGGGACCAACACUUGAAUAAGAAGCAAUGCCAAACUGCUAGUGAGCUUGCCAGAUACUUAGAAGAAGACACAUUCACUCGCACGGAGGAUUUCAACAUUCUUCAAUGGUGGCAUCUUCACUCGUCUAAGUAUCCCAUCCUUUCUUGUAUAGCUCGUGAUGUUCUUGCUGUACAAGCUUCCGUCGUAUCGUCAUAGUCAGCUUUCAGUACCGGAAAGCGUUUGAUCAGCGAUUACAGAAGUAGAUUGUGCAGCGAGACUGUGGAAGCCUUAAUCUGCCUUCAAGAUUGGUUUAGAUGUAAUGAUAAGCAUGCCAAUGCUCCUGAUCAAGGUCACUACUAUUAACUGAGGUAUGUGUGCACUACAUAAUAUUGCUAAUCAAUUGUUCAAUUGUAGCAAGCUUUGGGUAAAUUUGGGGAGCAUUUGAGUUAAAUCUGAUUUCUUUUACGUCCAUAGUUUCGAGUUGUGCUCUGAAUAUAAAUUGUGUAUGCUGCUAACUUGUAUGUAUUUAUCAUCCUUGCAAUUAUGCUAUCAAGAUCUGGUCACAAUAAUACUCAUUAAGGACUCUUCUUGGUUAGAAUAUUAAUUUAAGAUCAUUGCCUAUU